UCGCAAAAGACUAGUCUUGUCACAACCCCAACUUCCUUGCCCGGCUACAAGGACCACUACGACGACGGCACGAGCGCCGAGUCUGGCCCCCAGCUAGACCACCCCAGCAGCAGCGAAGCGAGCGACCACGCGCUCGUCGAAAAGGACGUCACUCUUUACAAUACACCCACUCGCACUCUUUCUCUCAUACCCACUCACUCUUCACACCAAGCACCGCUCGUCAAGCGCAGGGGACAGCACGCGCUAUCCUUGUCCACCUCUUCCACCCCCAGGCGACGCGGCAGAAGGGCAUCGGCAGCAGCAGCACGCAUCCUUGACGGACACCGACCUCCCCCACAACCCCCAGCCAUGCAGCAGGCGACGCAACAUUCCCUCGUCGCAUCCUUGCUGGGGACGCUCCCCGCAGGCAGCGACGGCAGCCCCAACAGCAGCGGCGAUGGUCUCGAGCACAAGCCCUCCUCCCUUGGGCGGGGCGCAGCAGCGCGCGGUCGCGUCGACGUCGACAAGGCUGCUGCUCCCAAUGGUGCUAACGGUACCGGCAGCAGCGCCCAGGACGAGCACGAGCCGGCACAGCCAGUGGCCCUUUCACCCGUCGACGUUCGCGAAAUGCUCAGUCACUGUGAUGACGCGACCAUGAGCUGGAGUCUGCAGUUCUGGGUCACCAUUGCGGACCCCCUGACUCACCACGUCUUCUUCGCAUGUCCUGCAUCAGGCCAAUGCAGUUGGGAGCCCCCAGUCGGCGCAUUUGUGGUGCCUCGCUCUCCCGACGGAGAAUGGUGGGAGCUCGCAGACCCUUCCCGCAACAACCAGAGCUACUACUACAACACUCUUACGAGCGUCACCCAGUGGAACCGGCCCGACGGCGACGCGUUUGUAAUUCCCCUAGGGUUGAUACAGAGGAACGCUCUACCGGCACAUAACGUUAGCAACUCCUCGGAUGAUCAGAGCAACAGAACAUCACCAGACAAAGUAAACGGCAGUCUUCAUCCAUCAAAGGCGCCGGGCGGGUCCAAUACGUCGUCGGUGCGCUUUGCUCAGUCGCCAGUCGUGGCCGUGGAUGCCCCCGACGACGACUCGACCCCCGGGUCUCACGAUCACAACAUGGAGCGGGACGCCAGUCGCGAGUUUCUGGCCGAGGGCUCCACUCCGCUGCAGCAACCACCACCGCCCUCCCAGCACCUCUCGCCAGUGGCCUCAGGAUCGUCUCCAGCGCGUAGCCAGGAGGAGCGCGCAGGCUGGUGGGACCGUCGCAAGUCGCGCAAGGCCCGUCCCAGGAUCAUGGACAUUGGCCCAGUUGUCGGCCACACCGAGAACAGCAUCCUCCCUUCACCACCUCGCUCCCCCAUUCCUAUCGACGAUGGCAGUGUCAACCUCACAUUCCAGCCCGCGUCGCCUACCCAGGCGGCUUACGACACGCACACGUCGUUCAGCACCGACAUGUUCGCCGACCGCUACUUUGCGACCAAGCGCUCUGGCGUGUUGAGAACAAGGCUUCCGCUGGAGCGCAUCAUGGAGUGGCAGCGUAACCCCAUCUCCUCGCCAUUGCUUGUGUUAAGCAAGUCGUCGGUGCAGGACGCCAUCACCACCUUCAAGGUCAUCCAGCAUGUGAUGGGCGAGCGCGACCGCCCAGUCGACGCCGCACGAGCUCCACACGGCAGUCCCUCCUUGUCCCUGCGAUCCAAGGGCGCCGAGGCUGACACGUCCGAAACCAAGAUGGUCAUCCUCGAGGAGAUUCGAUGGAUGCUGCAACUCGGCGUUGGACGGACUGAAAUGCGGGACGAGAUUUAUUGCCAGUUGAUCAAACAGCUUACCCGCAAUCCCGAUCAGGACGCCACCGUUCUCGGGUUUCAACUCUUCUGUGUCUUUGUGCACGCCUUUGGCCCUUCAAAGAGCUUUGAACCCUUUGUGCAGUCCUUCCUCGUCCGCAAUGUCGAGCGCACCGACUAUGGAAUUGGCAUCAUGUCCAAGUUCUGCCUGGCGCGUCUGGACUCUUGGCUAAAGAACGGCGGCCGUGGCCGUGUUCUUACGGUGGCCGAGAUUGAGCACGCAUCCGACGCUGCAUUCUACCCGUCCGUGUACGGCCAGACCCUCGAGACGAUCAUGCAGCGCCAGGAAGGCGCGUACCCAGAGCUUCGAAUCCCCAUCAUCCUGCCAUUCUUGGCGGACGGCAUUCUCGCUCUUGGUGGCACCGAAGCCGAAGGCAUCUUCCGUGUCCCCGGCGACCAGGACGCUAUUGCGGACCUGAAGGCGCGCAUCGACCGUGGACACUACCAGCUCGGCGGCAUCGACGACCCACAUGUGACAGGCUCUCUGUUCAAGAUGUGGCUGCGCGAGCUAGACGAGCCGCUCGUGCCUACAAAGCAGUACAAUGCCGCCCUGGAGGCCUCCAAGGAUGUGGACAACACGAUCAUCUUCUUGAAGAAGCUGCCCGACCACAACCGACGAGUGCUGCUGUUCGUCAUCAGCUUCAUGCAGCUGUUCUUGGACCCGGCCGUCGUUGCUAUCACCAAGAUGACGCCGUCCAACCUGGCGUUGGUGCUGGCACCAAACAUCCUGAGGACGACAAGCGAGGAGCUGUCGACCGUGUACAACAAUACUUCUUUCGAAUGCCGCUUUGUCUUGAACCUGCUGCUACACCUCGACCCUCCAUCUGUCGACCCCGAGUACGUGCCAACGCACGGUGCGGGCGAGCGCUCGUCGCUCGACGAGUCGGACCAGGAGGAGGACGAGUUCCACGAGAGUCACGACGACGACGUCCUCGAAGCGGAGCGAGCAGAGUAGAUGUGUAAUGUGCGCCAUGACCCUCGCUGGGUCAAUCUUGGGCUUUGACCUUGGACAAUCUGUGCAGACGGUGCCUUCUGCACAUCACCCCUCCCUGCACGCAACGCACUCUUUUACCCCCACGCCGACCAUACUCAAUGACAUGUUACGAUAUAGGUACGGACCGAG